UAUUUCCGGAUUGAUCUCGAUCAAACAAACCACAACAUAUCAUCUCGUAAUUGAUUUCGCUCUGACUCAAGAAGACAGAAGAUGCUUCAGCCAUACGAGUACCAGGACGAACAAGGAAACGCAGCAGACGUUGAUUUUGAGGAGGGGCGCCACGUGAAAGUGGCAGUGUCCUCAAAGGGCGUGUGCGUCUCUCAGCUGUCAGAGAGCAGGCAGAAAAGGGAACAAUUUGAGCAGUCGCUGAACAAAGUGAUCAAUGGUAACCUGUUACCCUUGACUACCAAGCAAGCCUUGCAACAGCAUAAGAAGCUGCAACAUUACCGUGACCUUGUUGCCAAGACAACGACCUAUGACCUUCCAGUAAGUGAGCAGACGUGGGAGAAGACUUUAAAAGAAACAAGGCAAGCCUUUAAAACGUGUAGAAAGGCUGAGCUCUGCUGGUAUGCGCCCAGAGUUUUGGUACCCUCCCAUCAACAAGACAUCGUAGGAGCACCUUCAUCGCAAACACAGAACACGGAGACGGCCGAGUCAGCUUCGGAGCACCAGGUUAGGGAAUCCCUCUCGUCACGAAGGCCCCGAGCACCGAAUGGUCAGCAGCCCUACAGCGUCGGCAGAAGCAGGUACGAUCCCUUCAAACAUUCGACAUGGUCAUUCCAGGAGAGGAAAUGUUUUUUUACUUCCGGAUUUAUACCGCCCCAUCAAAGAAUCGACCUGCCGACUCCCCUGGAGCGCUCGGUUGAGAUAGAGUCUUUAGUCACUAUCGCCUCUGAAGAAAGUGUAGAGGAGGCUGUGAUAUUCAGCUAGAGAUUUCAUCGCCCACGUGAGCAACGACUAAUUUAACUCUUUCUCUCCGUAAUUGUUUUCCUCGUAUUAGUAUUAGUAUUAUUAUUAUUCAUUUGGCUCAUUUGUUGUCAUUUUAUGAUUAAAAUUCAAUAACAUUUUU